GUCGCCUACAACCAGCUUAUUUUGUUGUUGUCGGUUGUGGAUUGAGAAAGUGUCUCACAAUCUUCUGUUUGAUGUGAUAAAAUGCCACGACGAGUAGCAUGACCGGAGCUUUCUAUUCGAGGAGGUGUUGUUCAGUGCGUCGUCGUUCGUUCACGUUCACAAGACUUACAUAGUCAGUCAGGUGGCUGUACCUCAUGUAACGGCCCCAUUAUGCCUAUGCGUACUUCGGAUGUGAUCUUUCACACUUUCUUUCGCGUGGAUAAUUUAUUGGGCCAUGGCUGACUUGAAUGAGUUCAUGGCAAAAUACUGGGAUUGGGGUCAUAUUGAAAAAUGAUAUGAAUGUUCAUCAAGCGUCUGCCAUCUUUUCCAUGCACUGUUCUGCGUGACAAGCGCCACGUUGAACCUCAGUGAUUUUGCAUGAUAGUGUUUACCAAUCGAGAGGGAUCAUUUGAGUUAACUGUAGCAGACUGAAUUCUAUUUUUACGUGCAUGAUUGAAGGUCUAGAAAGGAAUGGCUCCCUUUGACUUUCAUAAGCGUCUCUUUCCAUCCUGAUUGUUGAUGAGUUAUUUCCGAAGGAGACGUUUUGUGAGGCAUUUGCAGCCGCACUUUGAGUCUACGUAUGGCUCCCGACCACGCCGCUGUUGCCUUAUCUCGUACUCGCACUCUGCAGCGUCAUUAACUUAGUAAUUAGGAGAGGCUUUGAGCAGACGGAGGAGGGUUGGUGGAGGGAGCAAGAAUGGAAGGGAAGUCCUUCCUGGAUGGAUGUCCGAGUUGCAGGAAGGUUGCCUACCUCCCGUGUUACAUAAGCCACUCAGUGGUAAUUGAAGUCUCAUAGAAACUUUCCUCCAGCCAACAUCAAAGCAACGUAGCGCGUUGCCAUUAACUCUGUUGAUGCGAGUAACACAAUUAUUUAAAAUCCCAUCCUCUAAAUGCCUGUCUGAUUGCUAGGCUUGCUACUGAGUCACUGGAAAGUGGAAAGUUGAAAUACAUCGUAUAACGCUGCUGGUAUGAUGGGAUUAGUCAUCUUAUAAGUAAGAGAUAUCUAACAAUAAAACUAUCUCCAACUGCCAUAUGUAAGAGAUAUCUAGUAGCAAAACUAUCUUCGUUUAUUCUCUGUUUAUUCUCAGUGAUAACUAGUAGCAAGGACAGUGACAUAAGUUACAGAUUUGAGUGUUUUUGGCGAAAAGGAAGAAUUCCUAAAAGAAAACGAGUUCGAAUACUAACUACUGGAGUGCGUUUUAGAAUGGUAACUUAUCAAUAUUCGUAAUACUCUAAGUUUGACGUAUAGUGGUGAACGUUUGUCGUAAUAAUGGCAAGUUAUAGGAGUUGGUUUUUAACUCACUUAGUGAAAAAUUAUGACAUCAAUACAACGAGAUCGCCCAAAACUACAGGUUGCUCUGGGCAGAAAGGGAAACCAGAAGGCAUGAUGGGUCAGACGAAAAGACAUUCAGCCCCAGAAACUUCAAUUAGGAAAGACCCAUUUGACGACAGUGACUCGGCCCUGUUUGGAGUUUCUAAGGCCAUCACUUCUGAAUAUGUUACUGGUGACGAAGUUGAGGGCUUGGGGUUCGACGAACCUCCCACCAAAAUCUUCUACCAAGAGGUCAAAGGGUCGAGUGAUCUUUCUUCAGUCUGCGUAGACGCCCCAACUGGUUUUUCUUCCUCGGAUGAAUUCUGCUUAGAGAUAUUUCCUGAGAAGAGAGGAAACUCAGUUUCUUCAAGUACAGCAGACGACCAAGACUUUCCCUCGAAUAGCCUCGCCCCUGACACCAUCCUGUCACACAGUCCCCUAAAGAAUGAAGUCGUUUUCCCGCAGGCAAUGGAAAGAAAUGCCCAUUCAGAGAAAAAAGAAAUUUCAGCAUAUACAAAUUCAAAAACAUCAUCAGGUUCGGAAACUGCAACUUCAGAAGAACCAGCAAGUUCGAGAAACCUAAAAUACAGUCAAAACUCAGAUGACUCGUCUCUCUCUUUUGGAGGUGACAGGUCCUCAGACACAGUGACAAAGAAGGCGGAGGAUGAAGAACUGGAAUCUACAAUAUCAGACAAGUUGAAGGAAACGUUAACUUCUAAAGAAAGAUUUAAAGCAGCUCGUGUCAUCGCUUAUGAACCUGUAGAUGGCAGUAAGGAGAAUAUCUCGCCUAAUGAGAAGAAAAUGGGAGGAAGGAGUCAGCCCAACCCUCCAUCAAUGACGUAUACGGUCUCGGCCAACGACACCCUAACGAGCGUAGCAGCGAGGUUCGACACGACGCCGUCGGAGCUGACCAAGUUGAACCGCCUCAACACGCGCUUCCUUUUCCCUGGGCAAGUUUUAGCUGUCCCGGACAAAUCGGCCAUCAACGAUGAGAAAACCGCCCCCGACACUGCUGCCCAAGAAGAGAGCAAUGGACAAGAUCUACUAGCAAACAUACGCCCUGUGACCCCAACUCAACGAGGAGACACAAAGAUACCCUUAUCCCCUCAUAACUACCCCCGAACUCCAGCAAAUUCAGUAGACGUUGAUCGAUCUCUUGACCAAGACUGCCUUGAAAAGUUCCUCAAAAUCAGUGUGCGACAUAUCACAGAUGGACAGGGUGUAGUUGCAGGAGUACUUCUGGUCACUCCAAAUGCUGUGAUGUUUGAUCCUAAUGUUUCUGACCCCCUGGUAAUAGAACAUGGACCUGAAAGUUAUGGUGUCAUUGCUCCCAUGGAGUAUGUUGUUAAUGCAGCUCUCUUUUAUGACAUAGCCCAUAUGAAAGUUAAAGAUACUAAUUUGCCCAAGCCAGAAAUUCCUAAACCUGAAAUAUACUGGGGUCCAAGUCAUGAUCGUCCAGAGUCCCCUGGGAAAGAUGCUUCCCUUAGCAAAGAUGCUACAUUUCCAGAAUUGGCAGCCUCACAAGAUGAUAAUGAUUCAUCCUGUUCUUGUGGGGGUGACACUAGAGAAAGUUCAGCCUUUCCUAAAGCUUUUGAGCAUGAACUCCUUUCACCCAUUGGCUCUGAUGCUUCUCCUGCUAGUGGGGAGGGCCAGCCUUCACCAGUGCAGCCUUUGUCAAGUAUCCAGCAUCAAGUAUCUGCUCCUUCUGCAGGAGAUUUGACGCCAAUAGCUGAGGCAGGGCGCUUAGAAGACACUCAGGCUACACCCCCAAAUCUUGCUCAAACUCAGUGUGAUAAUACAGCUGCUCAGGAACUUGCUCAAAAUGAUUCAACCUCAGCAGCAUCACAGAUAGCAGAGGAUGUUUCUUGUAAUGAUAAGAAAAGAACAACAUCAGUCACAUUUGACUUGACUGGAGAUGAGGAGUCUAUGCCAGACCUUGGAGGAGAGGCCAACAUGCAAGAAUCACGUAAACAAAAGUGGGUAUCUCACAGUCGAUUGUGGCGAACUGAGACAAGCCUCAACCCACCAAAAGCAGCACCGCAAAAUCUAAAUAAAACUCGGUGCUCACCUGCCUCAAAUUCCAUGAGUACUUUGCGUUUAAGCCAGUCGCAGGUCCUUAAACGACUGUCAUACCCAUUGUCAUGGAUGGAGAGUUUCAACACAGACAAGGACAGUAUGCAAAGUCAACCCCUUCCACCAUCAUCUGCUCCCCCAUCUGGUGGAAUGAUUACAUCAAUGCCUGAUGGGGCAGAUGCCAGCAAAGCAGGAAUGUUCUCCAAUGUUUUUAAUAUGUCAAAUGUGUCCAACAUGCUGUCCAGUUCGCCCAAAUACCUGGUUGACUUCAGUAGUGGGCUAUUCGCUCGCUCCCCCUCUGAUUCCACAAGCUCCCUGCGGGAUGUAUCGGAGCUGGACACUCCCCCAGGUUCCUUUGAUGGGUACCGUUUAGGCCAGUCUGUAUUUUACCGCAAACAGUCCAGCCUGAGUAGUGAGAAGGAAGAGAGGAAAGGCAUACCCAUUUUUCAACCUGGGCGGCCCUCUUUAGAUUUUGCUCGAAGGCCUGGAAACCAGCAACCUCUGUCUGUCUCCUCACAACAAACACCUCCAAGUUCCUUAACACAUCAGACCUCACCACAAGUAAUGUCUCAUCCAACUGGUGUGCCUAUUACAGCAAAUCAACAGGCACAGAAAAGAGCACAGUACAAAGAUGGUCCCAAGUUUGGUCUCAAGAGUAUGGUCAGUAUGGAUGACAUGCCUGAGCUCUUCGCCUCAUUUGACAAUUUAGGCUUCAAGGAGGACUCUAUUAAAGAAUUGAUUCCAAAGCCUGCAGCUUCAUGUGAAGAUCCUCCACUAUAUCUUUGUUUGAAGAUGGGCAAACCAGCAGGCAAGAGUCUCCCUAAAUCUACUCCUGUGAUGUCAUAUGGCAAGAAAAGAAUGCGUCCUGAAUACUGGUUCAGUAUACCCAAAAAUAGGUCAGAUGAAUUAUACACCUUCUUUCAACGUUGGGCUCAUGAUAUUUAUGGGGAGCUGAAUGAAGAAUACAUUACAGGAAAAGGCUUCGUUCUUAUUGAGGAGGACACUGAGCUGUGGGAUGAUGAUGUCCUUGAAAAAGGAGAAGGAGGAGAUAGUAUAGGAGGAGAGCUAACAGAAAUGACCAAAGAGUCCUGGGAGAAAAUAAAAGCCCCUUAUGUUAAGCUCUAUUCCCUGAUGAAGAGUCAGAUGACCAUCUCUACAGAAUCGGAAAAUCCAGAGGUGGUAUCAAUGAGCGAGGAGCUUCGUAGAGCCUUAUACUCAUCAUCCUCACUCACCAGCCUAGACCUAGAGGUCUUCCUGCCUGAAGUUGUAGGUACUACUGAUAUAGUGACUGAUCAUGUUAGAAAGAGUCUGUACAAAAAGCUGCCAGUUCGUUGCCAAGGUUAUUCCUGGAAGUUAGUUUUCAGUACUGCUCAACAUGGCUUUAGUUUAAAUUCUUUGUACCGUAAAAUGACAGAUGUGGACUCAGCUGUCUUGGUUUUUAUUCAAGAUACAAACCAAAAUGUAUUUGGAGCCCUUGUAUCUUGCUCUUUGCACGUUAGUGAAUUGUUUUAUGGAACAGGAGAAAGUUUCCUCUUUUCUUUCCACCCUGAAUUCCAGGUGUUUCCUUGGACAGGUGAAAACACCUUUUUUGUGAAAGGCAACAACGAGUCCAUGUAUAUUGGCGGUGGAGAUGGUAAUUUUGGUUUGUGGUUGGAUGGUGAUCUAUACCAAGGAAGAACGCAGCCUUGCAAGACAUACAACAAUCCUCCAUUAACAGACACUGAAGAUUUUAUUAUAAAAACUAUUGAAUGCUGGUGCUUUGAGUGAGGAAAUGAAGAGACCAUUGAAGGUUUUGCAAAAAUGUGAUAGAGAUUUCACUUGAUUGCGUAUGAUUACCAUUUGGAGGAAAACCUGUGCCUGCUAUUAACAGAACAGGUAGAUGCAGUGAAGGAGGAGUUAUGCUGCAACUCGUGAGGUAAUGCUGGAAAGAAAAGUGUGGUUGUAGGAAAAGGCUUUUUGGAAGAUCAUUGGUGUUCUCCCGUAGGUUUGUUUGCAAAAUUUGUAUGCUCCUAAGAGAACAGUGAUUUUGAAUAUUUUUUUUUCCAAGAUUAUUAACUCCAUUCCAUUUGUUUCUUUAUUGUUGACCUUGUUUCUCCAAAUGUAGUUCAUCAUUAUAUGUAACACCAUGUAGAAUAUGAAAGGAUUGUGGACAAAAGUUUAUCCACUGGUGAAUGUUCAGAUGCAAGAAUCUCAUUUUUUACUGUUGGAUUUGAAUGAACUUAAAAAGCAAUAAACAGUUCUUUGUGUUCAUAUGCACUUUGUUUUCAGGUGCACUGUCGCCAGUCCUUAGCCAUUAUGUGUAAUUUUUUUUUUAACUGUGAGAGGUAAGCUAGGGGUAAAUAUACUGAAGGUAUUAAAAAACCAUAAAUGUAUUUUAAUUCAAUUUCUCUUUAGAUGAAAUGUGCCCCAUUCUCAACAAUUUUUUUUCUGUCAAGUUUGCCAUUGUGGUUUAGUAAAUGCAAUUAUAGUACUUGGGACCUGAUAGAGAAUGAUAGGAAUAUUCCAGUCCCGAGAGUAUUCAUGAAGAUGCUCUCCAAUCCGGAACUUCCAUUAUAAUUUAUUUUGAUGCCGAAGCUUCGCUGGUAUUAGACCUGAGGUCUGAUGUUGUGACGCUAUCAGCUAACUUAAGCCUUAGAUAGUGCUUUAAAAAGGCAAGUAUUAGGAACCUUUGCCUUAUAGAGAUGCUGUAUUUGAAAGGUUAUUGCAAUCCUUUGAUUGUAGUUGAUUUUGGAUUAUGGUGGAACUAUGUGAGAGCACCGUUAAGGAAGUAAGGUGGCUGCAAGAAGUUUUGAUAUUUACAAAGUUUUAUUGCACUAUAGUUGCAAAAUGAUGACUUACUACAACUGGCAAUUGGACUGACUUAGCCUGAGGCUAGUUAUGACAUGUACAGGUUAGAGUGACUAAUAAUAUUGCAAGAUACCUUGUAUAAGAUAUAUGACAUGAUGCCUUUAGAAUAUACUGGAAAAUUUUCUUAUAUUAGGUCAUAUUUUCAAGCAAUUGGAAGUUCACAUAUUCAUUGCAUUAAUACAGAUUGUGCAUCUAAAUUCAAAAUGAAAAGCAAGAUGAUGUUAAUCUACCACAUAUCUGAUGUUCAUGAUGCACUCUUCAUGAAUACAGUGGUUCCCCUUAAAAUGAUCCCAUUUGUAUAGUGAACAAGGCUUAAAACUUUAUUGCCUUCUCGUAUGUCCUUCAAAUCAAGAAAUAGGUUAUUGACUGAUUAAAAAAAGGCUGAAAUAAUGAGAACUUUUAAAUACGUACAGAUAUAUUUUCUAAAAAAAAACUGCUUACAAUAAUUUUACACUCAACAAGACUACCUUUACCUAAUCUUAUUUUUACUUAAUAUUUCUUUAUCAAUUUCCUGUAGCAGCGAAGUCUUGUUUUUUCUUUUGUUACUUAAUAUUUCCCGACUAAUUUUCCUUAGUGAUGAAGUUUUGUUUUCACUAUUAUUAUAUUAUACUUAUUCUGCCUCCAUUGGCUUAAUUUCAAAGGUUUAUUAGUGAAUGACUGGCAGAUAGAUGAAUAAUGAAAUCUCUUCUGAAUGGUUUGUUUUAAUAAUUGUUGAAUAUUGUUUAAGGAUACACAGCAAUUUUUUCUUAUUCCCAAGUGCACUGAAUAUUCAGUGCAUGCAUGGAUUAAUACAUCUGCUUUCAUGUUUAAGAGUUUUAUUUGCUCAGAUGUGCUUUGUUGAGUACUUAUGUUACAUACUAUAUAUAUAAAAACUUAGGUUUAAGGUGAAAUAGAAUCAUUGAUCUAAAUAUGCUGUUAGAAUUGAUACAAAGUUUAGAAUAAUAAAUGUUCUAUUUUGGUAGAAGAAUCAUUGUUCAUGUGAAUAAACUGUGUAAUUAGUAUGCUGUAAUGGUAUUAAUGUAAGCAGGAAAUAAUGCAAUGCCCAAGUGGUAACAGCAGUAUAUUUUUUAGUAUGUUUCUUAUGAACUUUAUAUCUUUUAUUUCCUAAGCUUAGGGCAGGAUAUGUUUAUUGCAAGUGUUGUAUAUCUAAAGUUUCUUCAGUUAUCCUUGUUUUAAGAUUAAUUGGUGUUUCAUGCCAUGGAACAAGAUAAAUUGGGUUGUUUGGCUCAAAUUAACAAAUCGUUAAACGAUCUGUUUAAGUUAUUCACUUUUGGUGUAAUGAUCCUGAAGAGAAAGAGCAGAGUAUAUAAUUGUUUAUAUAGAGUUAGGUGACAUAGAACUGCUUUUAUGGUGUUGUGAUGUCAAGGAGACUAUAUUAGUACUGCCUGACACUUGUCCUUUCCAAUGUGGUGUAAGAAUAAAACACAAAGCUGAUAAAAUUUCCCAAAAUGUCUUUUUUUUUUUUUUUUUUUUUCAUUUGCCAAUAAUUUGCUUCAUGUAACAAAUUUACAAAAUGUCUUAUUUGAUAGUGGCCUAUUUUAAACUAAUAGUGUUAUUGUCUUUCAUGUUUAUAUACAGCUACACUGAGCAGGAAAGCUUAGGGUAAUUUAAAGUUAGAGAUAAAACAUUUGUGGAAUAUUUUUCUUGUAACAAAAUUCUACUCCUAGUUGUAGUAACAUAUCAUGGCAAAUGUAAUUAAAACCCAGCUAUUUAGAAGGUGUGACCUCGCAGCCCUUGCCAAGACUGUUUUACAAGGAAUUCUAUGACUGUAUACAAUAGGCAAUCCUCACUACAUCACUUAUUGCUUUUGAUCAGUGGAUGUAUAUUAAACAAUGUACCAGAGUAAAUACGCAGAAGGCUUUUAUUCCCUAACUAUAACAGUAGGUUCAAUUUCUGUAAUAUUUGUCUUAUCUAGAUACAAAAAUGCCUGUUGAAUUUUCAAGAGGGAAGUUAGGAAUAAAUUACUUUAGGUUGAAAUCACAGUACUUGUAUUUUGAUGGUAUUUUAGGGAAAGGGAAUUAUAUAACAGCCUACUUCUUGCUACAUUUGGUGUUUCAUAUAAUGAUCAAUUUUGUGGAAAGGAAAACCAGUCUGAAAGGAAAAAAUAAAAAUAAAAUUUUUUUAAGAGUUGAAAGACUUACAAUGCAAAAAACUGGCUUCCUAAUCUUGUUGGAAAGUUCUUCAACAAGGGACAACACUUUAAACAAGCAAUGCAGUUUAUCCAGCUUGUGUUACCUCAGUCAGAAUGUGCACAUGUAUUAUUUCAUGAGGUAUAAGAUGCUCAUUGAUGUGCACUUGACCGAAGAUUCAAUAGGUUACUAAUGGGAGCACUCUUUAAAAGUAAAUUUCACGCCUAUAAAACAGAAGAAUUCGUUACUUAAAAAUGAUGGCAUUUUAGAGAAACUGCAACUAAGGGAAUAUCUAACUUGACAAAUCUGGCACAUCCUCCAUUAGCAAGACUAAGCAAAUGUCAUGAUUUGGGUCUUCUUUACAUGCUUUAUAUUUUGCGCAUAAAAUACCUGUCAACAUUAAUGUAUAGAGUGAAUUGGUGGUUGAUAAUGAAAGGAACAGCUUGCACAAUGGCUUUUUCAUACAAUGUAAGUUAUGGCCUUGCAUGUGAAAGACCAACUUACAUUUGUGUUAGCAUUACCUUUUUAGGUGAGAUGGACAUAAGAACAAGGUGCUUGUAUUACAUAUUGGAGGAGCACAUGUUUUGUAACUAAAAUUGAGCCAACAUUAUAUGCUUUAUGUACAUUUUUGUUAGACGAGACUUAAUUUUCCUGUAAAAGAAAAUGUGCUUCCUAUAAUUAAUUAUAUUGCUUAUCUACCCAGUAUAGUACCAAAUUUUGCUUACACAAGCAUUAAAAUGGAUUUGUGUGUUGUCAGCAAUCCAAAGUGAAGUCACGAUUGCUUGUCUCAGGAUACUCUGUGCCUUUCAAAGAUUGAUGAUGGUUGAAAAUGUUGGUCAUAACUGCAAUAGUAAAAUGGUACGUAUCAUGAGAAAGAAAGUGAACAUAUAACGGUACUGAUAUGUCUUACUAAAUGAAAUCCAGUCACUCUCUUCUGUGUUUUUAGUUUUUUGUGUGAUUAUUCUUCUUUGAUAUGUAAUAGUAUAGUAUUUGGUAACUAGAGCAUUCAUAUAGGUAUGCAAUAUUAUAACUUUUUCCAUGAUAUUUUAUGACUUCAUCUGUAAUUACCUUAUUGAUUUAGGUUUCCUUGUUUACCAUUCUUAACUUCUCAUGCAGAGAGAGAUCAUGAGACAAGUGUGUUGCCUAUUUUUUGUGUUCUUCCUUCAUGCAUUGGUCACAUCAGAAUUGGGGGUAAUGCUAUUUUUCCUACUGCAAAAAUCAGUUCAUUAUUAGACAGUAAGUUUGGAAGAAAAGAAUAUGAGAACAAUAGCAUUUCAUAUUGAAUUCAGUGGAAAUGUCCACAAGACUCAUCUAGCACUCAACAUUGAAAUGGUGCACUUGCAGUUUUGCUAUAUAUUCAUGAAAUAAUAUGCACAUUGCCCAUGUCCAUGCAGUUCCUCUUUAUUUGACUUAUGCUCAAUUUCUGGUAAGGUGCAAUUAGUUAAAUGUGGCGACUCUACAACAGACAAAAAGAACUGUUGAGUCCCUCAUGUCUCACAAACCACUAAGGGAGACCACUGGCUGUAGGCGGACCUGAAAUUUUUGUUUUGCAAGUAGUAUGUUAGCAGUUAUAUAUUUUUAUCUUCAAACUGCAUCAUUGGAUUAAGGCAGUAAAAUUAUGUAAUUCUGUCAGCUGUAAAUAUUUUCAGUGUAUAGUAUGAUCCUUAUAAUAUUUUGUAUGUAUACAGUUGGGUAGGCUGCUUAUGAAAAUUUUACAUUUUGGUGCUUAACUCCUUGGAACUGCUGUUCCCUACAUGUUAUGAGGAGCACAGUAGCCAGUAAUAGUGUUUCUCUCAUUCACAAAUUCACUAGUUAUAUUGGAAACUUAUCCAGUUAUAUCAUUUUUGGUGUGGUAGAAUCACUUGGGCUCUGAUUCAACAACUGAAACAAAUGUGCUUUUAGUACUGUAGAGGGAACCUCCCCUUGAGUUCAUUAGGGGACAUGUUACACAUGCAAAUAAAUUCCAAAUCUGUCCUGGCAGAGGUUACAGUGGCUGUCUUAAUUUAUCUUUUCAUUUUAGUUGGUGGUUCAAAAUAAAGGGAAACUGUAUAGCUCACAGUAACACAAUCUACAUAAAUCUUGCUUGCAAGUGUAAGUUAAUGGCCAUGUUGUGAUGUUUUUUGUUUUGGAAUAAGGACAAUAACAACCAUUCAGUCAUACUGAAGCAACCAAGUUGUACGAACACGACAAGUCUUGAAGCUUGACGGAACCAUUUAUUAAAUAUUUCAAGGGAAGUUACACUAUCCUUGAUAAGCUAUACAUUUGUUUUUUCCUAGUAAUACUGAUAUUUUCAAGAAAGCCUCUCCUCCCUGCCGCUGACUUUAUCUAGGCCACGGAACUUCAUGGUAACAUGCCAAAAUAAGUGAGAGCACCCAACUGGAAGAGCAGAGUAGUUGGAUGGAUUAGAUAUAUUCAGUUAUAGUACGGGGGCCAACAAAUCACUAUCAGUCAUAUCAGUGUUAAGGGGGGGAACCACACCUGGCCAAGAAACCACUUGCAAUCAAGAUUGUAAUUAUUUAAAAGUAGUUUAAUAAGAGCUGUAUUUCAAGGUUUGACAUAAGGAUUUGUUCUUAAAUGUGGUGAAAUUUGGAAAGAUUGGUACAUCAUAAAGAAAAGUUAUAAAUAAAAUUAAAGAAAAACAGCGGGAGAGAGGCAGCAAACAGUUAUUUGUAGUGCAGUCUACAUUGUGCUCCACUGCCAGUACCCUCAACAUGUAAUCAAAAGGACACCACAGAGUCCUAGCCAUAAGAAGACAGCAUCCUGACAGACUAACACAGCAUCACUAACAAAGGCACAACAGAAGGGAAAAAAACCUCUUGUAAGGGAAACUACAGGAAAGCAAAUUUACAUUCUACCUAAUCAGAUUUGGAGACACCAAUGACAGUGCAGAUAUCAUCAAAGAAACUAGUUUACGCUGGAUCUGAAUUUUAGACACUAGUCGAUCACUAAGACUCCAGAGGAGCUGCUCAUCAUGAACGCAAUAAAUGGAGACAUUAGUGGAAAAUGACCAGAGUAGUCAUAUUGAAAAUUCUAGUACUACUAGAUGCAGCAGAGGCAGCUGCAAUUAGAACAAAGGCUAAACAUAUGCAGGCAAAAGAGGUCUAAUAAGCAGAUAAAUGCACCAGUCACAGUAGAAAUGUGACCACCAUUGUAAGGACAGUAAAGUACAGGAGUAGAUAACCUUCAUAAAUAUGACUGGACAUGAAGAGAAACUUGUCACCAAGAGAUCUUGACCCUUGUGCAGGACCUACGGCCAGUGGAUCAGUCUUGGAGUUAUCUAAAAUUAGGAUACUAUACAAGAUCAAGGCAUAAUUCCACAGCUGACAUCUGGACAAGCAAGGACUGCGAUCUUUAUUUACAGGAUGAGGCUGUUUAAAGAUGUACAUGGGUCAACAUUUGACACCAGUAUAUACCAAAGGCCUCAACGACUGUAAUCUAAGCCAAAAGGAAGUUUGGGUGAUACAGGGUAUAAUUCCUAAAGUGAGCAUUCAUGAAACUAUGAUAUAUCUAUUUUGUUUAUUGAGUUAGCCUGUGCCGAGCCUUAAAAUUACCCAAACAGGUUUAAAUGCAAAUGACUUUACAGAUCAUCCUCAGAAUGAGGAAGGAAAAAGACCAUCAGUAACCAACAAGAAAAACUCAGACUGGUUGCGUAAACAAAAUUAUAAAGUAGAAAUAAUGGUGCAGUGUAACAGGCAAUGAACAGUUGGCGAUUAAGGCUACAACUGGUGAGAGACUGUAAGGGAAACAUGACAUGGAUCCUGUUGAGAUGAGAGUCCAUGCAAAAUUCAAGUAGGAAUAGCGAAGCAAAUUCAUGCCACUGUAACAUGUUCAGAUAUAGGUGCAUGUAUAGAUUGGAUCGGGACAUGUACAUAUUUUGGACUUAGACGAGGAUCUGGUACUCGAGCCCUUACCCUUUCACAGGUGAGGAACCUCCAUUGCCAGCUGGUAACAGAUGAGUGACCUCCAAACUGAAUGAGCCACAUCAAAUUAUAUAUGAACUACGUAGUGGAGUUAAAGCUACAAAAAAACUUUUCCACAUGAUAGGAAAAUUACUUUACCACUUGCUUACCAGUUA